AUGAAAAAAUAAUUCAUAUUAUUAUUAGUUUUUAUACUUAUAGCUGCUUGUAACUCAGCUCAUGUAAAAAAUAAAAAAAAGGUCUCUGAUAAUUUAUUGAAUGAAUAAAACAAGAAAUCCUCAUCAAAGCAAGUGUAAGAAACCAAUGAAAUAAAUAAAGAAGAUGAGAAUAAAUUUAAACAUUUUUCAGAUUAUGUCAAGCAAUCCAACAAAGCCUAAAAGGACUUCAUUAUUUAAUUUAUGGAAAUAAAUGAUUUAGAGCAAUAUCAAGCAAGAUUUCUUAUUAUGAGUCUUUUAGCCGUUUUUACUGUUGCUCUUUGCUGCUUUGGAGUAAAGUAUAUACUAAACUUUUCAAAGACAUGCAAAACAGCGUUGAGUGAAAUCAAAUGGAUUAAAGAAGUAGAAGCUUAAUAAGAAUAAUAAUAAUAAAAUGUAUUUACAGAAUAUUGA